GCUGCUCCUUGCACCUCCCCCUCGUGCCGCUACCGCCGCCACUGAGAGGAGCCACCGGCGACGCCAGAGCCGGGAAUCCGGGUGGACAAAAGAUGAAGCCAAUGAAGAAGGCAUGCACCGGCCUCCCAAGUUCUGGCAGUGGCGGCAAGUCCCCACCAGCCACCAGGGCCAAGGCCCUGAGGCGGCGAGGGGCUGAGGAGGGCGACAAGCCAGAGGAGGACGACGAUGAGGCACAGCAGCAGCAACAGCAGCAACAGCCAGGGCCAGAAGAGGCCGAGGAAGGUGAGGAGGAGGAGGCCGAGAGGGGCCCUAGAGCUGAGGGGCUGCCUGUGGAACUGCACCCUGAUGACCCAGCCCCAGGCCCAGCUGAGGACCCCAAGGUAGAGGGGGAGGGAGGCCGCUGGGAGCCCUCACUUAGCCGCAAGACCGCCACAUUCAAGUCACGAGCACCCAAGAAGAAGUAUGUGGAGGAGCAUGGGACUGGCAGUGGCAAUGGUGGGGCAGCUGGGGGCUCUGAAGAGCGCUCGAGGACCCCAGAGGAGGCCGGUACCCUAGGUGUGCCUCCACGGCCACCUACUUCCACCCGCUCCUCCUCCACCGACACAGCCAGUGAGCACUCAGCUGACCUGGAGGAUGAGCCAGCCGAAGCUUGUGGGCCAGGCCCCUGGCCCCCUGGCAGCACCAGUGCUGGCUAUGACCUGCGGCAGCUGCGGUCCCAGCGUGUUCUGGCUCGGCGUGGGGAUGGCCUCUUCCUGCCAGGUGUGGUGCGCCAGGUGCGCCGAAGCCAGGACCUGGGUGUGCAGUUUCCUGGGGACCGGGCCCUGACUUUCUACGAGGGGGUACCCGGCGGUGGUGUGGAUGUGGUUUUGGAUGCCACGCCACCACCAGGUGCAUUGGCUGUGGGCACAGCUGUGUGUACUUGUGUGGAACCUGGUGUGGCUGCCUACCGUGAGGGCGUGGUGGUGGAGGUGGCCACCAAGCCAGCAGCCUACAAGGUCCGCCUCAGCCCUGGACCUAACUCUCAACCAGGCCCACCAGCCUCCGUCCCACAACCCCCACAGCCACCACAAUGUGAGCCUGAGGAGGCUGUGUGGGUGGUCCGCUCCAGCCUGCGCCUGUUGCGGCCCCCCUGGGAACCCGAAGCCCUGCCGAGGAAGCCCCCUACCGGGCCCGAGGAGGAGCAGGCUGAUCCAGGGGCCAACCUACCCACCUGCCCUGCGGCCCUGGACCCUAAGCAGCCUGAGGAUGCCGAGGUCUCCAAGAUCAGCUUUGGUGGCAACCUGGGGGCUUGUGAAGAGAGUGAGGAGAAGCACCCUCCACCCUUGGGCACCCCAGCCCUGCUGCCACUGCCCCCGCCCCAGCUCCUGUCACCUCCACCCAAGUCCCCAGCCUUCACAGGCCCUGGCCGCCCCGGGGAGCAACCCUCACCCUGCCAGGAGGGGAGCCAGGGUGGCAGCCGUAGCAGCAGCGUAGCCUCCCUGGAGAAGGGGGCUGCACCGGCUGCCCGGGCCCGUACGCCACUGACAGCCGCACAGCAAAAGUACAAGAAGGGCGACGUGGUCUGCACGCCCAAUGGAAUCCGCAAGAAAUUCAACGGCAAGCAGUGGCGACGGCUGUGCUCGCGGGAUGGCUGCAUGAAGGAGUCCCAGCGGCGGGGCUACUGCUCACGCCACCUGUCCAUGCGGACCAAGGAGAUGGAGGGCCUGGCGGACAGUGGCCCCGGUGGGGCUGGGCGGCCUGCUGGGGUGGCAGCCCGCGAGGGCAGCACCGAGUUUGACUGGGGUGAUGAGACGUCCAGGGACAGUGAGGCCAGUAGCGUGGCAGCCCGUGGUGACUCUCGCCCACGCCUGGUGGCCCCUGCUGACCUGUCCCGCUUUGAAUUCGAUGAGUGUGAGGCGGCUGUGAUGCUGGUGUCCCUGGGCAGCUCACGCUCGGGCACACCUUCCUUCUCACCCGUGUCUACACAGUCACCCUUCUCGCCGGCCCCGUCCCCUUCCCCCUCACCACUCUUUGGCUUCCGUCCUGCCAACUUCAGCCCCAUCACCGCCUCGCCAGUCAUCCAGCGCACUGCUGUUCGAAGUCGUCACCUAAGCGCCAGCACCCCUAAGGCAGGUGUGCUGACGCCACCAGACCUGGGCCCCCACCCGCCGCCGCCUGCCCCACGAGAGCGCCAUUCCUCCGGCAUCCUACCCACCUUCCAGACCAACCUGACCUUCACCGUGCCCAUCAGCCCUGGGCGGCGGAAGACAGAGCUGCUGCCCCACCCAGGCACUUUGGGGGCUACUGGCACAGGGGGUGGAGGAGCCGCCCCAGACUUCCCUAAGAGCGACAGCCUAGACUCUGGCGUGGACUCGGUGUCCCACACACCUACACCCUCCACACCGGCUGGCUUCCGGUCUGUGUCGCCUGCCGUGCCCUUCUCCCGAUCCCGCCAGCCCUCGCCAUUGCUGCUGUUGCCCCCACCUGCUGGCUUGACCUCCGAUCCUGGGCCCUCCGUGCGCAGGGUGCCUGCUGUGCAACGGGACUCACCUGUCAUUGUCCGCAACCCUGACGUGCCACUGCCCUCCAAAUUCCCAGGGGAGGUGGCCACUGCCGGUGAGGCACGGGCCGGGGGACCUGGGCGGGGCUGCCGAGAGACCCCAGUACCUCCAGGGGUGGCCAGUGGGAAACCUGGCCUGCCCCCACCUUUGUCGGCCCCCGUGCCCAUCACCGUGCCUCCAGCUGCGCCAACGGCAGUGGCCCAGCCGAUGCCCACCUUUGGCCUGGCUUCCUCACCCUUUCAGCCGGUGGCCUUCCACCCCUCACCUGCUGCCCUGUUACCCGUCCUGGUGCCCAGCAGCUAUACCAGCCAUCCUGCUCCCAAGAAGGAAGUCAUCAUGGGCCGGCCUGGGACAGUGUGGACAAACGUGGAACCUCGCUCUGUGGCCGUGUUCCCCUGGCACUCCUUAGUCCCCUUCCUGGCCCCCAGCCAGCCCGACCCCUCUGUGCAGCCAAGUGAGGCGCAGCAACCUGCCAGCCAUCCAGUGGCCUCCAAUCAGAGCAAAGAACCUGCUGAGUCAGCGGCUAUUGCUCAUGAGCAGCCACCAGGUGGGACAGGGAAUGCUGACCCUGGGCGAACCCCUGGAGCCACAUGCCCUGAGAGCCCAGGGCCCACUCACACUUUGGGGGUGGUGGAACCCGGGAAGGGUCCCCCUCCCAACACUGAGGAGGAGGCUCCUGGCCCUCCAGGAGAGCCCCGACUGGACAGUGAGACGGAGAGUGACCAUGAUGAUGCCUUCCUCUCCAUCAUGUCUCCUGAGAUUCAGUUGCCUCUGCCACCUGGAAAACGCCGGACCCAGUCUCUCAGUGCCCUGCCUAAGGAACGAGAUUCAUCUUCGGAGAAGGAUGGACGCAGCCCCAACAAGCGGGAGAAGGACCAUAUCCGGAGGCCCAUGAAUGCCUUCAUGAUCUUUAGCAAGCGGCACCGGGCCUUGGUCCACCAGCGGCACCCCAACCAGGAUAACCGGACUGUCAGCAAGAUCCUGGGAGAAUGGUGGUACGCCCUGGGGCCCAAGGAGAAGCAGAAGUACCACGACCUGGCCUUCCAGGUGAAAGAAGCUCACUUUAAGGCCCACCCAGACUGGAAGUGGUGCAAUAAGGACCGGAAGAAGUCCAGCUCAGAGGCCAAGCCUGCAAGCCUGGGGCUAGCCGGAGGCCACAAGGAGCCGAGGGAGAGGAGUAUGUCAGAAACCGGCACUGCUGCCGCCCCUGGAGUGUCCUCGGAGCUCCUGUCCGUCGCAGCCCAGACUCUCUUAAGCUCGGACACUAAGACUCUGGGGAGCGGCUCCUGUGGGGCAGAACGUUUGCACACCGUUGGGGGACCUGGCUCGGCCCGGCCUCGCGCCUUCUCCCACAGUGGGGUACACGGCCUGGAUGGUGGGGAAGUAGAUAGCCAGGCACUACAGGAACUGACUCAGAUGGUGUCUGGGCCUGCCUCCUACUCUGGUCCAAAACCUUCCACCCAGUAUGGGACUCCAGGCCCCUUUGCAGCCCCUGGUGAGGGAGGUGCCCUGGCAGCCAGUGGGAGGCCCCCACUGCUGCCCACCCGAGCCUCCCGUUCCCAGCGUGCGGCCAGCGAGGACAUGACCAGUGACGAGGAGCGCAUGGUCAUCUGUGAGGAAGAAGGGGAUGACGAUGUCAUUGCUGACGAUGGCUUCAGCACCACUGACAUUGACCUCAAGUGCAAGGAGCGGGUGACGGACAGUGAGAGCGGAGACAGUUCUGGGGAGGACCCAGAGGGCAACAAGGGCUUUGGCCGAAAGGUGUUUUCACCUGUGAUUCGUUCCUCCUUUACCCACUGCCGUCCAUCUCUGGACCCUGAGCCUCCGGGGCCCCCAGAUCCACCUGCAGCCUUUGGCAAAGGAUAUGGUCCCACCCCUUCCUCCUCGUCCUCACCUGCCUCCUCAACCUCAGCAGCCACAUCCUUCUCAAUGGGCUCAGGAACCUUCAAGGCCCAGGAGUCAGGUCCGGGCAGCACAGCAGGCCCUCUUCGGCCCCCACCUGCUGGGGCUGGGGGCCCAGUGACACCUUCCAAGGUCACUCGAUUCCUCCCAACGGAUCCUGCCACUUUCCGGCGCAAGAGACCUGAAAGCGUGGGGGGCCUGGAGCCACCAGGCCCCUCAGUCAUUGCAGCUCCUCCUGGCGGGGGAGGAAGUGUCCUGCAGACACUGGUCCUGCCCCCCAACAAGGAGGAACGAGAGGGCAGUGGAGCCCGCAUGCCCUCAGCCCCAGCCCCAUCGCUGGCCUAUGGGGCCCCUGCAGCCCCCCUGUCCCGUCCGGCUGCCACCAUGGUCACCAACGUGGUGAGGCCUGUCAGCAGCACUCCCGUGCCCAUUGCUUCUAAGCCCUUCCCCACCUCUGGCCGGGCAGAGCCGUCUCCAAGUGACACAGCAGGUGCCAGGACUGAGCCAGUCACUGGUUCCCGGGCACCUGGGGGCUCUCCCCUGGGUGUCAGCUUAGUGUAUUCGGACAAGAAGUCGGCAGCAGUGUCCUCACCAGCCCCACAUCUGGUAGCUGGACCCCUACUGGGCACUGUGGGGAAGGCACCUGCCACUGUCACCAACCUGCUGGUGGGCACCCCAGGCUAUGGGGCCCCAGCGCCCCCUGCUGUCCAGUUCAUUGCCCAGGGAGCCCCUGGCAGUGGGGCCACUGCAGGCUCGGGAGCAGCUGCUGGUAGUGGCCCCAAUGGGCCGGUGCCCUUGGGCAUUCUGCAGCCAGGUGCCCUGGGCAAAGCUGGGGGAAUCACCCAGGUGCAGUACAUCCUGCCCACCCUGCCCCAGCAGCUUCAAGUGGCACCUGCCCCAGCACCCACCCCUGGGACCAAGGCAGCAGCUCCCGGUGGCCCUGUACCCACCACUAGCAUCCGUUUCACCCUCCCGCCGGGCACCUCCACCAACGGCAAAGUCCUGGCCGCCACUGCACCCACUCCUGGCAUCCCCAUUCUGCAGUCAGUACCCUCUGCCCCACCCCCCAAAGCCCAGUCGGUUUCUCCUGUGCAGGCCCCACCCCCAGGUGGCUCAGCUCAGCUGCUGCCUGGGAAGGUACUGGUGCCCCUGGCUGCCCCUAGCAUGUCAGUGCGGGGUGGCGGGGCCAGCCAGCCGCUGCCCUUGGUGAGCCCGCCCUUCUCUGUUCCUGUGCAGAAUGGCGCCCAGCCACCCAGCAAGAUCAUCCAGCUGACUCCUGUGCCAGUGAGCACCCCUGGCGGCUUGGUGCCCCCCCUCAGCCCCGCCACGCUCUCUGGACCCACCUCACAGCCUCAGAAGGUCCUGCUGCCUUCCUCCACCAGAAUCACCUAUGUGCAGUCAGCGGGUGGGCAUGCGCUGCCCCUGGGCACCAGCCCUGCAUCCAGCCAGGCUGGAACAGUCACCUCGUAUGGGCCCACAAGCUCUGUAGCCCUCGGCUUCACCUCACUGGGACCCAGUGGCCCUGCCUUUGUGCAGCCCCUGCUUUCAGGCCAAGCCCCAUUGCUGGCUCCAGGCCAGGUGGGCGUGUCACCUGUGCCCAGCCCCCAGCUGCCUCCUACCUGCACAGCCCCUGGAGGUCCGGUCAUCACGGCAUUUUACCCUGGCAGCCCUGCACCCACCUCCUCAGCACCCUUGGCCCAGCCAUCCCAGGCCCCCCCAGGUCUGGUCUACACCGUGGCCACCAGCACUACCCCACCUGCUGCUGCCAUCCUGCCCAAGGGCCCACCGGCCCCUGCCACUGCCACCCCGGCCCCUACCAGUCCUUUCCCUAGUGCCACAGCAGGCUCCAUGACCUACAGCUUAGUGGCCCCCAAGGCCCAGCGGCCCACCCCCAAGGCCCCCCAGAAAGUGAAGGCCGCCAUCGCCAGCAUUCCCGUGGGCUCCUUUGAGGCAGGUGCCCCUGGGCGGCCUGGCCCUGCACCCCGGCAGCCCUUGGAACCUGGUCCAGCCCGUGAGCCCCCUGUCCCUGAGUCUGAGCUGGAGGGACCGCCAACAACACCAGGCCCUCCACCGCCCACAGAGACCUGGGCUCCCACACCCCGGAGCUCCCCACCACCCCCACCUGCAGAGGAGCGGCUCAGUACCAAGGGCCCUGAGACUAUGCCCAGCAAAUUCCCCAGCUCAUCUUCAGACUGGCGUGUCCCUGGACUAGGCCUGGAGAGCCGUGGGGAGCCCCCCACCCCUCCCAGCCCGGCCCCAGCUCCAGCCCCAGCCUCUGGUAACAGCAGCGGCAACAGCGAGGGCAGCAGUGGGAGGGCCGCCGGGGACACCCCCGAGCGAAAGGAGGCAGCUAGCACCACAGGCAAGAAGGUGAAGGUGCGGCCCCCGCCCCUGAAGAAGACUUUUGACUCUGUGGACAACAGGGUCCUGUCGGAGGUGGACUUCGAAGAGCGCUUUGCUGAGUUGCCUGAGUUUCGACCUGAAGAGGUGCUGCCCUCGCCCACCCUGCAGUCUCUGGCCACCUCACCCCGUGCCAUCCUGGGCUCCUAUCGCAAGAAAAGGAAGAAUUCCACUGACCUAGACUCAGCCCCUGAGGACCCCACCUCACCUAAGCGCAAGAUCAGGAGACGUUCCAGCUGCAGCUCCGAGCCCAAUACCCCCAAGAGUGCCAAGUGUGAGGGGGACAUCUUCACCUUCGACCGGACAGGUACAGAGGCAGAGGAUGUGCUCGGGGAGCUGGAAUACGAGAAGGUGCCCUACUCAUCCCUGCGGCGCACCCUGGAUCAGCGCCGGGCCCUGGUCAUGCAGCUCUUCCAGGACCAUGGCUUCUUCCCAUCAGCCCAGGCCACGGCGGCCUUCCAGGCCCGCUACGCAGACAUUUUCCCCUCCAAGGUGUGUCUCCAGCUGAAGAUCCGGGAGGUACGCCAGAAGAUCAUGCAGGCGGCCACUCCCACAGAGCAGACCCCAGGAGCCGAGGCCCCCCUCCCUGGACCGCCCUCCACUGGCACCGCUGCUGCUCCUGUCCCCACUCCCAGCCCUGCUGGGGGCCCUGACCCCACCUCACCUGGCUCGGACUCUGGCACGGCCCCGGCUGCCCCACCACUGCCUCCACCCCCAGAGCCGGGACCUGGGCAGCCUGGCUGGGAAGGCCCCCCCCAGAAUUCCCCCCCACCCCCUGGCCCUUCCACAGCUGCCACCGGCAGGUGAGGGGCCUCUGAGAAGAUCCCAGGACCCAUAGUAGCCCCCUCAGGACAUGGACAGUACGUAGGUGGCAGGAAUGGGGGGGCAGAAUGGUUACCUCCUCUCCAGUAAAGCCAUUUCGUCCUUUCCAGUUUGGGGCGGAAUGAGACCUGCUCCUCUUGUCUAUCCCCCUCCCCCACAGCUUCCUCCCAGUAACAGGGGGGCAGCUGAGGGGAAGCAGAGGCACAGUCUCCCUCUACAGAGCCCCUGUAUAUAACCUGGAGUGUGUUACCUUCAGACCUUUUCACUUGUACUUUAUGCAAAAUGGCUCGUGUGAGGGCUGCAAGCUGGAGGGCAGUGCGGGCCGUGGGCCACAGGGAGGUGCCUGUGGAGUAGGGGGAGUUCAUGUACCCCUUUUUUCCCCAGAGGGGCUGGACUCAGGUUAGUUUGGGGGUGGGGGCUCCUGCACUUUGCCACAGGCUCGGGGAGGGUUGUCUCCCCACCCCCUCUGCCCUCCCAACUUGGGUUGUACUUUCUAAGAAGGUGAUUUCCCCACCCUGUACCCUCCCCAGAACAAAACAUGUUGAUCAUGUGCAAUAUUUCUUACUGUGCUGAGAAGCAAUGACCGCAAUUAAAGCUGUUUAACACA